UCCCCUUCCGGGUGAUGUGAAGGAGACGCAGGCGCCGUAGAGACCGGUACCCGGUUGUGAGCGCAGGCGUAGUCGCUGCUGGAGCCGUCGGGCGGCGGCGGUGCAAGGCUGCUGCGGGCGCUAAGCAGUCACAAUGGAAAAUAAUCAAUGUAACGAUGAGGAUGCUAAGAAGAGCGUUUCAGAUGAGGAGGCAAGUGGAAAUGUAGUUCAGCAGAGGGCUCAGGAAGAACUUCUCUUCCAUGAGGAAACCAUUGAUCUUGGUGGAGAUGAAUCUGAGUCUGAAGGGAAUGAGACCAUCUCAGAGGAUUCCAAUAACUUCAUAGAUAAACUUAAUGAACACAUGAUGGAGAGUGUCAUUAUUUCUGAUUCUCCAAACAAUAGUGAAGAUGACACCGGUGAACUUGGUUGCCUGCAGGAGAUUGUGGAACAAAUGGAAGUCAAGGACAUUUGUACACCAGAAGAAGAAUUGAAUAAGGAAGAAGCCCUAGGUAAUGACAGUGAAACUGAACAUGAAGAAACACCUAAAGAUAUUUCUGAUAUUGGAACAGAUGAUCAGGCAUCUUUAAAGGAAGAGUUGAUUCAAGAAGCAGUGAAAGAUGAACUGAAAGUGGGAAAUGAAGCUCUAUGUGACUCAACACCAAGUAAUAUUGAUGAAAGUAAAUCUGAGGAGCCAAUAUCAUCACCCCUUGCCAGCAAAUCAUCUCCUGAAGCUGAGCCUAUCCCUGUAUGCACCAUUUUUAGUCAAGCAAACAAUGUUAAUGCUCAACCACAGUUGUUCAUACAUGAUGGUUUUGAGCCUCAAAUGGUGAAGUCUCCUAGUUUUAGUAGUGUACAUGAGAUUCCGGUGAAGUCUCAUCCACAGGUGGUUCAACCAAGUCCUAGCCUAAGCACAUUUUUUGGUGACCCUAUUAACACUAAUAAUCUAGCUGCUGAGUUUUUUGAUUCAUUUACUACAUCUACUUUUAUUUCUGUCAGUAACCCUAAUGCAGGUUCUUCAGUCCCAGAACAAAUGUCAUCUGUCAGUACAGUUGGAGACAAUUCCAGUGACUCUGCUGACCCUACUUACUCUGUAGGAAAUGAGAGAUCUGAAGCAGGUAGUCCCCCUGCAUCUUUAGAAAUGUCACAAUCUCCUAAACCAUUUUCACAGAUCCAAGCUGUUUUUGCUGGAAGUGAUGACCCAUUUGCCACAGCCUUGAAUAUGAGUGAAUUAGAUAGAAGAAAUGAUGCCUGGCUUCCCAGCGAGGAAACUAGAAAGGUUUUAGUUUCAGUAGCCACUCAGCAAUAUAGUACUCUGUUUAUAGACAAAGAGAAUCUCACCAUGCCUGGAUUAAAGUUUGACAACAUCCAGGGAGAUGCAGUAAAAGACUUAAUGCUCCGUUUCCUGGGUGAGCAAGCAGCAGUGAAGAGGCAAGUUUUAAAUGCCAAUUCCGUAGAACAGUCUUUUGUAGGCUUGAAACAGCUAAUUAACAGCAAAAACUGGAGAGCAGCAGUUGACCUGUGUGGACGACUUCUGACUGCCCAUGGUCAAGGCUAUGGCAAAAAUGGGCUACCUACUAAUCAUACAACAGAUUCUUUGCAGCUAUGGUUUGUCAGACUAGCACUGCUGGUGAAGUUGAAUCUUUUCCAAAAUGCAGAAGCGGAAUUUGAGCCAUUUGGAAACCUGGACCAACCUGAUCUGUACUAUGAAUAUUACCCUCAUGUAUACCCAGGACGCAAAGGUUCCAUGGUUCCCUUUUCCAUGCGGAUUUUACAUGCUGAACUUGAACAGUACCUAGGAAAUCCCCAGGAGUCACUUGAUAGACUGCACAGCAUGAAAACAAUCUGCACAAAGAUAUUAGAAAAUUUGGCGCAAGGCUUAGCAGAAGAUGGACGUAUGACUAACAUUACACAAGAGAACAGACAAGCCUCUGUUGAGCUGUGGAGGUCACGUCUGGGCCGGGUGAUGUACUCCAUGGCAAACUGUCUGCUAAUGAUGAAGGACUAUGUGCUUGCUGUAGAUGCAUAUCACACAGUCAUCAAAUAUUACCCAGAACAGGAACCUCAGCUGUUGAGUGGAAUUGGAAGGAUUUUUCUUCAGAUUGGAGAUAUAAAAACCGCAGAAAAAUAUUUUCACGAUGUUGAGAAAAUGAGUCAGAAAUGGGAUGGACUACAGCACCAAAUUAUGGUUUUAAUGAACAGAGCAUUUCUCUAUCUUGGUCAGAAUAACUUUGCAGACGCUCACAGAGCCUUCACAGAAAUUUUAAAGAUUGACCCUGCAAAUGCUGUGGCUAAUAACAAUGCGGCUGUUUGUUUGCUUUAUCUGGGAAAAUUGAAGGAUUCCCUCCGGCAGUUGGAAGGAAUGGUUCAGCAGGACCCUAAACACUACCUACAUGAGAGUGUUCUUUUCAAUUUGACAACUAUGUAUGAAUUGGAGUCAUCCCGCAGUAUGCAGAAGAAGCAAGUGCUGCUUGAGGCUGUAGCUGUCAAAGAGGGUGAUAGCUUUAACACUCAGUGUCUCAAGUUAGGAUAGUUUGUUUUCAUCUACCAAUUUUUUUAUGAAAGGCUGAUUUUUAAAAUUGUACAUACUCGUGAAUAUGUAAAUGUUCCUCUUAUGAAUGAAAUGUAAUAAAAUCUCUAAUUAUGAACAUAUAGCAGAAUUACUACACUAUCUACACGGUCUGGAACAAUAAUCCUUGCCUGUCACUAUUGGGAUUUUGUGCUGAUCUAUAGCCAGCUUCAUCUCUGCAGGUCUGUUACUAUUCAGUUAUUCUUAACUGUCGUAUCCAUAAUCACAUUUACUCAGAUGGAUUCCUUUUUUCAGAAGUGACACGUUUGAGCUGACUUGUAUUGAUGGUUGUUAUUAUAAAUUCUUCAGUGAUUGCGGGAGAAACAUGAUAUUAUCAACUCUCAUAACAUGGCUAAGGGUUCCAGAGAAUGUCUGUAUAAGUAGCAUUUAUCAUAAAAGUUAAAUCCUGAAUGCAGAUUUGCUUUCAGCAUCUUCUAGUGUGUAUAUCCCACCCUCCCAAGCCAAUAAACUCAGUUCCUCCUA